AUGCCUCUUUCCGACGCCAGUCUUACGGUGUCUGACUUUGAUCCUGAACACGAGGCUCUCGCAUCCACCCGCGAGUUUGGCAGUCCCGAGCUUCCCAAUAUGAAUUACCACGACGAGCCUGACUUCGCCAUCAACACAUCCACGCUCGAUCGCGCCUUUCCCGAUUUCUCUCAGCUUCCCACUUCUGAGGAAGAAGACGCAUUCGACGGCGAAAUUAAUGAAGGUGUAGAUGCAGGCGCCAUGUCCGACUCCGAAGGUGAAUUGUCUUUGGAGCUAGGUCGAGGCCUGGGGAAAGCGUCUCGUCGUCUGGAUGAUUCGCGCGAUUCCAUUAUGAGCUUCCAAAAUAGCGUGCGGUCUUCAUCUCCCGCCGUGCGAGUCGAUUACCCUACCCCCCAGAAACAACAACCCGCCCGCUCGACGCGACGCGCCGCCAGCGACAAUCUCCGAAAGGAUGCCCAAUUGAGGCGAGCCACGCAAGCCCAGAAGGAAAUUAGGAGCCCUCAGGUCUCUAACAAGACCCGCGAUCAAAGACGGACUUUCUCGGAUAUGCACGCCAAGGUGCGUGACAACUACGACGGGUCUUUCCUGGGUGAUGAGCGCCCUGCUCCCGUGAACAUCAAGCCUCGAUCGACGCGUUUCAACCAGGUCAACAACUCACAAGAAAUUGCCGAAGCUAUUGAACGCGCCAGUCGUGAAGCUUACUCCAAGGAACGCAACGGCAGUGCGGCAGGAACCCCACGCAAGAACAUCCCCGUAUCAAAUACCCUCAAUCACAACAACACCAUGGGUGACACCAUGACUCGCCAGUCCUUCCUCCUUCCCGACCUCCCUAAUAUCUCUGAGUUGGUUUCUGGUGUUUAUGAAGACGGCACUCCUGUUUUCUCCCGUCAACACAAGAUGCGCUCCACGCGUUUCGUCUCUCCUCCCCACGACGCGACCGACGUGUCUAUGACCCGUGAACACAUGCCUCUCGACGCCGUCCCAAUCCCUGAGGACGAGAAGGCUCUUUUUGUUUCCCUCCGACUUUUGCAAGACAAGGUCGCUGAGCUGGAGAUGUUCAAGUCUGAUGCCGAGAAGCGGAUCGACCACUAUCGUCAAGAAAAUGCCGCCCUUAAGAGGUCGCGCCACUCUGACAAGCACCAAAUUGAUGAUAGCCACAAGGGUAGUUCCAAGCGCUUGAUCACUGAAUACCAAAAACUCGAGGCAGCCAACAUUGCCUUGCAGAACCAGCUUGACAUUGCGGACCGCAAGACUCAAGUCCAAGAGGCGGCUGUGAAACGUCUGAACCAGGAUAGAGAGUCUGCGAUUUCACAGCUUGGUGUGGCCUACCUUGAAACACGCGAACUCAAGAUUGAGAACGAGCAAUUAAGACAAGAGAAUGCAGAGCUCAAGAGCCAAUUGCCGAGAUAUUCCGGCAAGAAGGCCCAAGAACAGGAAAUGCAAGAGAUUGAGGCCAGUUUCAGCGCAUCGGAUGCCGAGGAAAGUCAGAUUUAUACCGAGCGCAGCGGUGACAUGAGCCGCAGCACCAGAGAUAUUACCUCUAGAAGCACCAGAUCGAACAGACGCCAGGAAGAAUCCCGCGCCAAGGUGUCAAGUCAAGUUGACAAGGAGAUUGGUCGACUUGAGAAGGAAAGCGCAGAGGAGGCUCUCUUCUCCUUGAACGUGCCCGACGAGAGGCGUUCAUCAUCGAAGAUUGCUCGAUCUGAGCUUCCUCGUCACUCCGAAUUGAAGAACGCCCGCAAGCAAUCAAAUACAAGCAAGCAGCGCUCAAAGCGUGUAAUGAUGGAGGAAAAGAGCGGUCCCGUUGAUGUGACAGAGCAGACUCGAGCAUCCUCCGAGGCGGAGGAUCUCACCUUGCUCAGUGUGAUUGAUACAAAUGAGAUUGCUCGUCUACGGAAGACGCUCGAAGAGGAGCGUCUCUCUCGGAAGAACCGUCGCUCAAGCAUGCAGAAGGACUUGACCGCUAACGACACGGUGAACUCGACCCGCCAGAGCGUUCACAAAGCCCCUCUUCCCCGAAAAUCGUCGCUUAAGGCACCCCAGCAGGUCCCUCUGCGCCCUGCGUCCGCCAUGGGUGACACAACUUCUCGUUCUGUGGCCAUAUCCGACGGUGACGCUAGCCUGGUAGUUCCCACUGCCGAUCGCCCGAGGCGCCAUUCUGACCACUCCGUUGCCUCCAUAUCGCAGAAGAAGAAGCGUUCCCCAAUGGAAGAUAUGACAUCUGCUUUCAUUCUCCCUGAUAUCACCUUAAGCCGUGCCGAACUCGCUGCUAGCAACCCUUUAAAACUCCCGCAAGCCACGCAGCGCGCCCUCGAUGGCAUCGCCCAACACGACGGAAAGAACUGUAUGGCUGUCAAGAUUCCCAAACCCGUCCCCGUCUCUGAGCGCAUGCCCGAGCCCACGCCAUACAACGAAGACCCCACCAUGCGCCCCUCCCAACCACCCGCUGUGGCUCUUGCCACUGUCCUCAAGGCUCUCGAGGACGAACUCUCCCACCUGAAGAUGCAGCUUGCUGGAUAUCAAAGUGCCUUCAACAAGCUCGACGCCUCUUUGGGCAAGAAGCAACGCAAAGCCCUCACCGAGAAGGUUGAGAAGCUGAUCAAAGACAUUGAUCUGAAGUCCGACCAAAUUUAUGCAUUGUAUGAUGUGCUUGAGGGACACAAGGGUCGAGGCGAUAUCACCGAGCAGGAGAUGGAGAUGACACUUCAGUCGAUUGGACUCGAUACUACCACCAAUACUAUGGAUAAACGCCAGGCCGAGGACGAGUCGGAGGAUGAAUUGCCCUGGGAGGGUAUUGAGAGUACAGCUGAGUUGUCUGGACGGGUUUGA